AUGCUUUCACAGAUGAAAGCUCUAUCCUUGGCCCACCGUUUCAAAGUUCUAAAGUCAUUCUCGCGGUCUUUUUCAUCUCCUUCCGCUAUUUCUAUGAAUGAGUACGGGGCACGUCGAUCGAAACUUGCCGAGAAAAUUGCUCAAAGUUGCUCGUCCGAUCGGGGGUCAGCGUCUCACCACUUGGUAAUUAUUCCUGCAGCUGAAAUCCAGUAUAGCUCUAUCCAUGUUCCAUACCAAUUUCGGCAGGAUUCAUACUUUCGAUAUCUCACUGGAAUUACUGAACCUGAUGCAGUUCUCUCUCUUGAGAUCGCAACAAAGUCAAGUGACAUUGUGCAUUUCACCCCUCGCCUAUUCAUCGAAGAGCGGACUUCCCACGACAGACUUUGGGAUGGCCCAACUAUGGGUGUUGAUGUUGCAGCACUUACCACAGGAAUUCAAUGUACGAUCCCGCUAAAGUUUUUUCCCGAAUACCUUCAAAUGGCGAUGUCCGAUCUUUCUGAUUCUGGUUGCUUUUUCUGGUUUAGCACCCCUUUUGUUGUCAGAUCGAAGGCGAAAGCACCGGUGAACCGCACUAUAUACUCCGUUGUGUCGGAUAAGUUUACGGGGAGUCGGUUAGUUCAGUCGAAUCUACGAAACCCGAAUCCCUUGAUUGACGAAUUAAGGUUGAUAAAAUCCCAAUCUGAAUUGCUUUUGAUGAAACGAGCUGUGGAAUUGACAUCUAUAGCUUUGAAGAAAACUCUGUCAUCAGCGUAUCCGGGUAUAAGAGAGGCUGAAUUAGCUGCACGAUUUGAAUUUGAGUCCACAUUGAUGGGGUGUGGCCUUGGUUACCCAGCCGUUGUUGCUGGUGGCAACCGAGCUAACAUAAUUCAUUAUUUAAAAAAUUCUGAAUGCGUUGAGGAUGGUGAGCUGGUCUUGAUGGAUGUUGGAUGUGAUGUCGAAGGCUACACCGCGGAUAUCUCUAGAACCUGGCCCAUAAACGGUCAUUUUUCGCAGCACCAACGCUUAUUGCAUGACAUUUUAAUCCAGGUGCAAACCGACUGCCAGAAGGCGGCCCACCCGGAGUCGAGUCUCCAAAAGCUCUACGACCUAAUGGUCAAGCGGUUAGUCCAAUAUCUUAAUGAGGAGAAGGUACUCACUGCUAGUGAUAGCGAGUCAAUAUCGGUAGGCUCUUACAUUUGCCCACACCAUAUUGGCCACUACCUUGGUCUCGACGUUCACGAUACGUCCAGCAUUUCAUACAGCCAAAGGUUUGAGCCGGGAAUGGUUUUUCCUUUGGAACCAGGUAUCUACUUCCCGGCAGAAGGCGGCAAGGUAGCCGUGGCUAAGGAAUUUCGUGGCAUGGGAUUGCGGCUUGAAGACGACUACGUUUUUACUACUGAUGGGAAAGCCGAAAAACUUAAUGACUGUAUGCCCUUCAAGGCCUCUGACCUCGAAUCCCUCAUUCGUUCUCAUAGUGGUCAAGGAAGUGCUCUGUGA